UGUUAAUGAACAUCACAGGACACAUUCUGCUGGAACAGAAAAUCCUCUUAAGCAGUAUGUUACAGGUACACCAGCAAUGGAAAAUGUAUCAGGUGUGAAAGUGUUCCAUUUAUCUGUACUGAAUGAAACUUGGACAAGUCGUUAUUUUUUAUUUUCUCUGACUCUGUUUGUGUAUAGCUUAAUUCUGUUUGUAAAUGUGAUGCUAAUUCUCACCAUUACAUUGCAAAAUGCCCUCCACGAACCCAUGUACAUGUUCCUGUGCAAUCUGUGUAUUAAUGGACUGUACGGAACUGCAGGAUUCUACCCUAAAUUCCUAUCCGACUUGCUCUCUGGACAUCAUGUUAUCUCAUAUGAAGGAUGUUUCCUGCAGGCAUUUGUGAUCUAUUCAUCAGUACAGUGUGAAUUUUCAACACUCACUGUGAUGUCUUACGAUCGCUAUGUGGCCAUAUGCAAACCCUUAAUGUAUCAUUCAAUUAUGACAGGUCAGAUGGUGUAUAAAUUAAUAACAUUUUGCUGGCUUUUUCCCUACUUCAUGAUGUCCUUGCUUAUAGCACUUUCAAGAAGACUUACAUUAUGCGGGUCCCAUAUUGAUAAAUUAUAUUGUGAAAACUGGUCCAUUGUGAAACUUUCUUGUGAAGCAACAGUGGUAAAUAAUGUGACUGGGUUUAUUGUUAUUCUAACAUUUUUAGUAUUUGCAAUUUUCACCACGGUUUCAUAUAUUAAAUUGAUUUCUGUGUGCACGAAAAGUAGAGAAGACAGAAUUAAAUUUAUGCAGACUUGUGUGCCACAUUUAUGUGCCUUAACAAAUUUCACAGUCACUUUGAUGUUUGACACAAUGUACAGUCGCUAUGGAUCAAGAGAUAUCUCAGAGCGUCUGCGCAAUUUUUUGGCGCUACAAUUUCUCAUCAUCCCUCCUCUCUUCAACCCAAUUAUUUAUGGACUCAAACUGACUGAGGUUCGCAAAAGACUACUGAAGCAGUGUCGUAGCUUAAAGUAGUUUUUGUAGAGAGCACAAGAUUGUUCAGCAGCCUUGGACACGACUCCAUUUUCUGUUACUCUCAGUGCAGUACACUGUGUGAAAAGUCUUUCUCUGCUGCCUGCGAUAGGCUGGUUUGAAUCAUGCACAAGUCCUGGGUCCAGCAGGAAUGUUUUUUCUCUCAAGCAAAAGUUUGUAAUAAAGCAGA